AUGCGGAGUUCCAAACCUAGUCACAGAUUGCUGGUAGAGAUUAGGGUGGUUGAAAUGAAACCAGUUGCUAUUACCAAGCAACUAGUCACUAUUCAACAGAAGGUACAUCAUCAUCAUCAUCAUCAUCAUCGUCGUUUUAUAGUCAUUGAUGUCUCAGGUGCCAUGGCUCUAGAUGAAGGUUUGAGUGGAUUAAUAGUGGCUGGUGUGAUUGCUGGUGUUCUAUUAAUAGUCGGUAUCAUCUCUGUCACAGUCUGGUGCUUUGUCAGAAACCGAAUUUACGAUGACGAUAAGGAGUCCUUAGACAUCAUCUCACCAAAAAUAACUCCACGAUACAGUCGUUUCCCUCCCACCAUGAAAUUUAGAUCAUUCGCUCCCACAUCAACUCGUCCCCGACCCCCAGUUACCUUCUUCACAGUGCGAGACAGUCCUCGUUCUGCUGGGGGCAACGUACUUCCGGUUACUGGAACCCCCUACCUGUUUCAGCCCCGGGGUCCAGUGAUGUAUGUGGACGAGGGAGGGGUCAGUGCCCGAUCCUCGGUUAAAGAUAGAGAGGGUCAUUACAGACGUUCUACUAAAAGUAACGGCCAUGCUGGAUCUAUGAAAAUAAGAGAGUUGCACAGUGGUGAUGAAAUGUUAAAUUUCGAAUCUUCAGAUGAUGAAAACGGCAACAAGAAAAAGACAUUAGACAAUAGGUCGAGGUCCAAAUCACGUGACAGGAAGUACGUCAAAAAUCCCGACCAUAAGUCACAUCAUCGGCAUAAACCGGCCAACCAUACCGGACAUCGCAGUCGCAGUAAUAGUCGAGGUCGUAACAAAUCCGUAGAAAGUCGCAACAGCGUCAAUAGUAAUACUAUAGUUGCUCAACCAGGAGACAUCAUCCUGAAUCCAGUUUCCAUUUUCGAUUCUCAACCGCCACCAUUGGCUCACAACCUCUCACAAUCAACUCGACCCGAGUCAAUCUUUGUUCCAGUGCUCACCCGCAACCCCGUUUCACAAACAGUACCCACAUCUUCCGCCUUCCAACCAUACACACGUGACGAGGACCCACCCUUAGAGACACCGCGUGAGGAUUAUCUCACCCCACGAUCUAUGAGCGAGAUGCCGUCCACCAUCCAACCAGAGUCGUCACGUAGCGAUUUUAUCACCCCGUCCGCCGACUACCCACGAAAUCAAGACUUCACCUAUCCCUCUAGACCAUCGUCUGAUGAUCCUUUCAUCAGUCCACGACCACCAACCCCAGAGUUUGACGCAGACUCGAUCUUGUAUGUAGCCCAGGGGCAGGUCACCACAGUCGUCAGUAAAUCACCAACUGGAAAUGUGUUCGAGUCUACACCGAGACCCGAGACACCUCCAGUAGCACCAAAACCUCCCCCUCCCCCACCAAUGCCUGUAGUCGAUGGUUCUACCGAAUCCGGUUAUUAUCUGAGUGCUGUUCAUCGUCCACCGACUCCUCCCCCGGGGAAAUUGUUCCCCGUCACCACCGAUGUCGAGAGUAUUCUAAACUCGGCAUCCAGCUCGGGAUCCUCCACAAAACGACCCACGAAUAUGGGAGUUUCUCCCCUUCACUCCGCCAUGAUGGCUGAAAUAAAGAACAGACGACAGAGGCGACCUUCAAAUGAGGAUAUUGGGCUUCCACCACCUUCACCAUCCUCGGGAGAGUCUCCGUCGCUGAGUUUUAGACGUACCAAUGAUUCUCCAAUUCUACACUUUGGACGUUACAACGAAUCACCAAUUCCUAGUUUUAGACGCCAAAAUGAUUCGCCAUUAAUUUCCGACGCGAGAAGACCAAGCAAUGUUCAGUUUACUGCGGAGCCACCAGAGAUCAUACCAAGUGGUUUAGAUGCAGAAAGUCCGGAUACCGGAAGUAUGCACUAUGAACCCGGAAGUGUAUCGUCUGCGUUCGAUGCUGUGAUGUCAUCUGGAGUACCGUCUUCGGCUCCUGCUCCACCACCCCCUCCUCCACCUCCACCUCUCCCUAGUGGUCGUUAAUGGGGUCGAAUACAUGAUCAUUUUCAUAUUCCCGUUAAACUUUCGUUCAACGCUGAUCAAAACUGAAAUCACGAGGCUUCAAUUUGAACCCUCUAUCGGUAACAGUAUUGUUAUUUAAGAUGGAUGGAUUAACAGUUUCAUGAACAAGAAUGGUCAUCAAAUCCUUUCUCCCAGUGCUAAAAAUAAUUUCUAUGAGGUACAGGGAGUAAUCCUAUUGACUUCAUUUGGUUGUGAAAUUCUGAAAAAAAAGUCUGAAAAUGUAAAUCAGAGCACAAUAUGUGAUUUAAAAGACAUGACUUGUUCCGAGAAUUUCGAAAAUAAAUUUAUCGUUACUUACCAAGAACUUAUGGGUUAACCAUCGAAAUGGACAAUUUUCUCGGGCUGGAAGAAAACAAACACGUACAAAAACAGAGACUGUGGAAACGACAUGAGUUUAUAGAUUGAAUAUAAUGAGUAGUGUGUAAAAGUGUGAAAAACGCGUGUGAAUAAGGUGCUGUAACAAGGACACAAAUCUCAAACAUGCACUGUAAUAUUCUUUCUGUAAAAUAUACGGAGAAUUGUUUGACAGGCAACGUAGCAGCUAGAAAUUGUGGAAAUUGUGUUGAAGGGAUUUUUCAUCUGUAAAUUUUGAAGGUUUUAGCUCUCUUUGAAAUAUAAUGAUCUAAAGUACAGGAUAUAGUAGGGUAAUGGUUGUCCUACGAUUUUACCGAAAACACAAAUACUAAAUUUUAUCAAAAUAACUUUAUAUGUGUAAAUAUUUCUUUUUUUUUAAAGAUUUUUAACAAAGUUAUAUAUAAUAUAGAGUCAGGUUAGAAUAUUGCUGGACAUUCAGGACUGAUUUAAAACAGAAACACGAACAGUCAACUUUCUUUGUAGGUAGUAAUAGUAGUAAUAAAUGGCAAUAUACCACUUCCUAUUCCUUAAGAAUAAUCUAAGAGAAACUUUCGUCGAAAGUGUGAGAGAUCUUUAUGUAAAAUGCGCCAUAUUUUUAUUGAAUUUUAGGAGAAAUGGGAUACUUGACUUCGUGCUUAGUUUCAAUUCCAAUUUAAUUUCCCCAAAUCAAAAUAGACUGUUCGUGUUAUGUCACGUGUUCUGGACGUUCACCAAUACCUUGACCCUAUAAUAAUUGUUUGUGACUAUACUAGCUAGGUUUGUUUGUACAGAUAUUUAUUUUUCUAUGAUAUUUGUAUUUUAAAUAUUUUGCUUUUUUCUAACAAAAUGUGCAAUAAGAGAGAUAACUCCAGGGAGAUAACUUCAGAUAUUAAAGGGUGAUAACUCUCAACUGGUUAAAAUACUUAUAGUUUUAUGGCUUAGUUCUAUGGGGUAUUUCAGUUUUGAAUGAAAGCAGUAACCCAUAAAAUUAAAACGAAACGAUAUUGUAAAUUUACAUUUUAAUCAGGUUUGGAUAUUUUUUAUAUGCGAAUGGCAAAACAGAAAUACUUAAGCAAGUUCUAUGAUAAGAUAUGAACCAACAAUUAUCAGUUCAUAAACUUUGAAUACAUGUAUUUCAAUGUUCCGACCAUGCGGUCAAAUUAUUUUGAAAUGACCUAGUGAAGGAGACUUAAGAUCAGCCUGAUUUAUUUUUAGGCUGUCGGUUACUUGUCAUGUGUUCACAUUGACUACUAUACUACUAUCAGAAGUUAUAAAGUUUCAUGACACUCAAAUGUUUUUCGUCUCUCCUGUGAGUAGCCAACUCAGGAUUGAAUGGCAAGAGAAUAAUUCUUGAUUCAGAGACAAUUGGAGAUAUUGUUGUAAUACAAUAAUGAGAGAUAAAAGCUAUUUUUAUAUUUAACGUGGGUUGUAAAUAAUAACAAGAAAUAAAUUAUAUAUCCAAU